AUUCGAUUUUGGUGACGAGCCGCGCUAUCCCACAAAAACUUCAAUUCGCUUAUUUAUUGCCAUAGUAAUGUGCCCCGCAUCUACGUACUAGGGCUGGUUGAAGCAGGCAGAGAUGAACCUGUCUAGGCAGCAUAGGGUGCUAAGUAAGCAGGCAAAGCAUAACUAUUGCUGUGUAAGCCCUGUUUCGCAGAGCCUUACCGACACUGUUGCCAAUUAUGAUGAAGAUCACCUCUGCGUCCUUGUACGACCUUGCAGGAGCUGAUACCAAGCAUCCAAUUCGGGGCAAGUCGAAAUGCCAGUCAGCACAAAUCCUAGCAAACCACCAGAACACAUGUUCACGAACCUUGUUGGUGCCCUACAAGGCGACAAAUCAUAACAUACCAAUAUACACACCCUAGUAACCAGGGCGAAGAAUAGGACUAGAAGUUUUACAUAUAUAAUUGAGGUUACACAAUGGAUCUGCUCACCCGACAAGACCAUCAUGUCGAUCAGACGCUUCAAUCUCUGCAGAUGGCUAUCGCCAGCCACUAUUCUCCUCUCCGAGACCGCGAAAUCCGACUGAUAGAUAUCCAGCCUGGAGAGUCCUCUGACGCCCUUCACCUCCGGUUAUACCAUGCCAUUCUGGGCGAGGCUACCUCUCCCCCUUACGAAGCCUUGUCAUACGUCUGGGGAUCGUCGACCGACCCUGUCAAGACAGUCGUAGAAAUCGUUUUGCCAGAUUCUACGCUUCGCAACGAUGAGUUUCUCGUUGGCCAGAACCUGGCAACGGCCCUACAGCACCUACGUUAUGCUGAUAUGCCAAGAACUAUCUGGGCAGACGCGAUCUGCAUAAACCAGAACGACUACGACGAGCGGGCAAAGCAAGUUCUGAUGAUGCGUGAAAUCUAUCACCUCGCUCAGAAAGUCGUCGCUUUCCUUGGCCCAGAACAGGACGACGGCGAUGUCGCGUUCGAAGUUCUCGAGCGGAUUGGCAGCAAGGUUGAUGUAGACUUUGGGUCUGGCAUCGUGACACCUUCGUCUAGUUCUGUUGAGCCUGGGUGGGCUGAUAUGAAGCAAGAACUACGCCUUAGCAAGAAGGAAGCUAUGUCCAUAUAUAAUCUCAUAAGCCACGAAUGGUUCGAGAGGCUUUGGAUACGGCAGGAGAUCGGUCUUGGUGAAGCUGAAGGAGUAUUGCAAUGUGGUCGCAAGCAAACCCGGUGGCGAGUAUUCUGCAAGGCGAUAUACGUCAUCUUUCGAAAGCCCCUAGUAGCCGACGAGUUCGACGCGGCGGAAGAGCAAAUGUUCCGCAAGUACCUCGGCCAAGCAGACACUGUCGCGCUCUAUUCGAAAAGGAGAUUCCGAUUCUCAAACCUCAGGCGGCAGAUCAGAACAUCGAAGUGCUCUGACCCGCGAGAUAGGAUUUACGGCAUCAUGGGCCAGCUUCGGGAGACGGAUCAAAUCGUUUUUAUGCCGGAUUACUCCAAGAGUGUCGCCGAGGUAUACACGGAAGUGACCAGGAAGUACAUCGAGCACUUCAACAAGCUUGAAGUUCUGAAUCAGUGCGAGUUACGUACGCCUAGUCCUUUUCCUGGACUGCCAAGCUGGGUUCCCGAUUGGUCCAGUUUCUUGUCUUCGUCACAAGUCCACGCGGUGCUGCCAGCGAUUUUCGAUCUCCUACCCGCCGUUGCCAGUAUUGAUGAUCGUCUCCUCCGAGCUCACGGGAUUCGCUGUGGCACUGUUUCUGAUGUCUUCUGCGUGUAUGAGUUGCAACAAGAUGCAACCCCUGCCGAGAUUGCUCAGGCACUGCAAAAGCUGCUCUCUGAAACCGAAAGAAAAGUAGCACUACACGAAAAUCGCGGGUCCCGGGAACACAUCCUGGAAGCCUAUGCCCACGCUCUCUGGGUUGGCAAUUUUGGCGACCGAUGGUAUCCACCUGUGCCUCAUGAACCAUUAUACAACGAUUGUCUUUCCUUAGUACGUGCUCUCGUCAAUUCAGACUCACAAGAACAAUCGUUCUUGCCACAAGAAGACUCGAAGCUGUGUCUCAACCGCGCGAACGAUACUUGUAACAACCGCGCCCUCUUCAUUACCGAGGACGGCCAUAUCGGACACGGACCAGCUUCCAUCGCUGCCGGUGAUGAACUAAGCCUUAUUUUCAGCUGCUCCAAGCCAGUCGCAUUACGCCCGUUCUCCGAUGCGCGAGAUGGCAGCGGAGGUGCGAAGUACAAGGUAGUGGGCGAGUGCUACCUAGAUCGUAACAUGCUUGGCGAGGCGCUUCUUGGCGAGUUGCCAAGACACCUCUCGAGGCUUCUAAACCCGGACGCCUUAUUAAAGCCAGAGAACUCGGGCUUCAUUGACACUCGAACAAACGAUAUUUCUCGAGAGGACCCGAGAAUCGAGCCUUUCCUGGCGGGAUUAGUGGAGAAGGGACUGCUAUCCGAUCCUUCGAUGGAAGAGCUCGAGAAAAGGGGAGCUUUUGAUAUCUUGGUGAAAGCUGGCUAUCCUUUGCAGAUCUUCAAUUUGGUUUGAAGUGCCUCAGUCUUCGGGUAGUAAAAUAUUCCUCUUUGCGGGAGUUUUAUGGGCGGAUGUGUGAGUUAAGAUCUCAAUUAGACGCCUUUUUUAUCAAGGGUCCGUCUACCAUACACCUACCUUUUAUGUCACCAGCAAGUCAACUACGUAUUCUUCAGAUAAAACAAAAUCAAUACAACAUCUAUGACCCCAGAUUCAAAACCAAUGAACAAAAUAUAAAGAUAAAAGACUUUGACUUCUGACCAAAUCUGGAAAGGAUGGAAUUGACGCCGAGCUAAAUAGGAAAAUAGGGGCCCAUUCACCACUGGCCAAAUACGCUUAUGAAAUCAAAUGGAGAAAGGGGGUUACCCUCACCAAAUUCCAGCAAAG